CCCAAACAUACCAUUUGUACAUAAAGACUGCAGCAGUGAUAUAUUCACUGAAAAUAUUACCCAGUAUUCGCUUUAGAAGACAAAGCCCCUGCCGGCCAACGACUCUGAACCAUUGCUCGUCGACGGCCAAACAACAAUCCAUCUUCAACCUCGUUUUAGAAGAGAACGUUUUCAGAGGUUAUAAUGUUUACUCUUACCAAACAGAUCCUUAAGUAAACAAAAACUCUGAAGUCUGACCUGACAUUUGUUCUCUUCAGCUACUCACUCCACUUCAAUGGCUUCUCUUUUCAAGGAUCAAACAAAGCUUUCAGCGUAUCGUGACAGAAGGUUUCCUGGGACACAAGAGGAAUUUGAGCAUACGUUGCAGGCAUCAACAACUGUUUAUGUCGGAAACAUGUCGUUUUAUACUACAGAAGAGCAAAUCUAUGAGCUUUUUUCACGAGCUGGAGAAAUUAAGAAGAUAAUUAUGGGUUUGGACAAGAACAGCAAAACACCUUGUGGCUUUUGUUUUGUCUUAUACUACUCUAGAGAAGAUACUGAGGAUUGUGUCAAAUAUAUAAGUGGAACAAUUCUUGAUGACCGCCCUAUUCGAGUGGAUUUUGAUUGGGGAUUUCAAGAAGGAAGACAAUGGGGUCGUGGUCGAAGUGGUGGCCAGGUUCGGGAUGAAUAUCGUACAGACUACGAUCCUGGCAGAGGAGGUUAUGGAAAGUUAGUUCAAAGAGAGUUGGAAGCACAAAGGCAGCUUGUUGAUUAUGGUACUGGUUCAUUGAACUCUUUCCAACCGGUUAUGCCCCAUCAUUAUGGUAGACAUGGUGGAGGUCAUGGUCAUGGUCAUGGGUCUCAUAGGCAUAGCAGAGAUUACCAUCGAAAGCGACACCGUGAAGAAGAUCGUCAUGCACAUGAGAACUCAAGGAGAAGCUCAGACCAUGAAUCUAGAAGAAAUUCUGAACAUGACUCAAGACCGGAGAAGAAUCCACGUUUCCGGGAGAGCGGUGACUCUGAUGAUGAGGAGGAUGAUGAUCGGAAGCGGCGGGCUUAAUGGUUCUAAUGGUAUUUUCUGUUGGCACACCAGCAGCUGGAUGGAAAACAAUUCAUGCUGCACAAAUAUGGGAGGAUCAUACAGUGUUCUUGCAACAACUUUAAAGCAGUGGAUAUUUGUUUGAUAAGCUUAGUUUCUAUAUUGGGCUAUUAUUGGGAGAAACUGACAGUAUCAUACCUAGAUUUUUCAAACAAAGGCGUCAAUUAUCAUAAAUUUGAGACUUCUCACUCGAGUAUUGAGAUAUAGACUUCAA